UUUUUCGCCAGACGGAUACGGUGGUUCAGUGGGUAUUGUGACUUCAGCCUAGGCGGACGUGAGUGCUUAAGGCCAGCAUAAAGUUUAAGUCGUGCGAAUCGAAACCCGAGACGGACAGAUAGGAAGAGAGAAAUUCCAGUGAAUAACAUUUGCAUUUGUGCGGGAUCGAGAUCAUUAACAUGCACGACUAAGCGCCAUUAAAAGUGAUCAAAUUGUGCAUGCCGAGUGCCAUUUGCGUGGUGUACCACAGCCCUAAUCAGUCAUUCCAGCCGCGCAUGCGCAAGGAAUAUAUAAUCCGAACCCAAAUCGAAACUCCCGCGCACGUUUGUGCUCGCCCAAUUUAAUUGCCAAGGGCGUGAAAUAAUACUCUUCAAACAUGACUGCUUCACCGGGACUUCUGCACAUGGAUCAUCCGCUCAAAGCUUUCUAUCUGUUUUUCCUCGACCUGAUAGUUUUCACCUUUAAAUCUAUAUUCUACAUACUGGAAUCGUUGUAUUAUAGUCUGCUGCCGCAGCGUUUUAGAAAGUUAAAGGACAUCUCUGGUCAGGUGGUGCUCAUUACAGGAGGAGGUGGAGGCGUUGGUCGCUUGAUAGCACUUAACUUUGCUAAACUUCAAGCCCGCAUAGUCAUCUGGGAUAUCAAUCAAGAAGCUAUAAAGACAACGGUGGAUCUGUUGGCCAAACAUGGUUACGACUGCAAGGGCUAUGUGGUGGACAUCUCAGAUCGGGAGCAAAUCUACCAGAGAGCCAGACAGGUGACCGAGGAAGUGGGUCCGGUGGAUAUACUAAUAAACAAUGCGGGAAUCGUAUGCUGUAAGCCCUUCUGGGAGCUGCACGAUCGAGUCAUCCAAAACACAUAUAAUAUCAACAUAAUCUCGCACUACUGGACCGUGAAGGCAUUUCUUCCGCACAUGAUGCGGAAUAAUCGUGGUCAUAUUGUGACGGUGGGCUCGGUUACUGGAAUGCUGGGCACCUACGGUUGCAGUGACUAUGCGGCCACCAAAUAUGCCUGCAUUGGUUUCCACGAAAGUCUGCUCACGGAUCUGAAGGCCCAUGGCUAUGACCAAAUCCAGAUGAGUCUGAUCUGUCCGUACUACAUCAAUACCGGCAUGUUCUCGGGGGUGCGUCCACGAAUGAUGCCGAUGCUGGAGCCGCAGUAUGUAGCGGAUCGUAUCGAGAAUGCUGUCCGCUGUAACGAGGUGUGGUGCGUCCUGCCCAACUCGAUACGCCUGCUUACUCCACUUAAAUGUCUUCUGCCCGCCAAAAUGUGCUGGGAGCUGAUGUCACGUGUCAUCCGCGGUCCCGAGUCCAUGAUGUUGUUCCAGGGUCGAGGGCGUGUGGCCGCUGGCUAGGAUCCAAAAGAGAAUAGUCCCAGAAUCACAUCCUUUAAGCUUAAGUUGUUUUUAUGAGGCGUUUAUCUAUAAUGUUACAAUAAACUAAAUUAAUCGAUUGAA